AUGCUAUCAUUCCUAUUAUUUAUUCCCUUUUCUUUUGAUAGCAUUUUCUCUUUCACCUUUUCCUUCAAUCAAUUGAAACUUUUUCAUUCAACCAUUCACCUCUUUUUCAAUUUUUCAUUCAACCCUUUCUCUCUUUUUCCUUCAAUCGUUUCCAAAUUUUUCAUUCAAUCUUUUCUACUCUUUUACACUUCACUCCUUUUUUACUUUUGCCUUCAAUCCUUUCCCAAUUUUUCCAUUCAAUCAUUCUGGACGAGUGGUAGAAUUCCCCGCCUUUUUCAAUUUUCCAUCAACUCUUUCCCCCAUUUUCAAUUUUUCUUUCAACCCAUCCCCUCUUUUUCAUUUUUUCCGUCAAUCGGUUACAACUUUUCAUUCAAUCAUUUCCUUCUUUUUUACUUUUCCUUCAAAACUUUCUCCCUUUUUCACCGUUUCCUUCAACGCUUCUCUUUUUUCCCUCAAUCAUUUCCCAUUCAAUCAUUCCUCGCUUUUUCAAUUCCCCCCUUCCCCCUUUUCACUUUUCCUUCAAACUUUCUCCCUUUUCCUUCAAUGUUUUCCAUUCAAUCAUUAUCUGCUUUUUCAAAUUUUCUUCAACUCUUUUUCACUUUUUCCUUCAAACAAUCCUUUUUUUUUUCAAUUCUUUCCAUUCAAUCAUUCCCGCUUUUUCAAUUUUUCUUCACGUCUUUCCGCUUUUUCAGUUUUUCUUCUAUUCUUUCUCUUUUUCCUUUAACACUUUCCCUCUUUUUCACCUUUUCUUUCAAUCUCUUCUGUUUUUUCACUUUUUCUUUCUAUUCCUUCUUUUUCACUUUUCCUAUUUCUAUUCUUAAAUUUCUUCAUUCCACUGCACUCUUAUUUAUCUAA